AUGACGUUGCUAACGGAGGAGCUUAAAAGCGAUGAAGUAGAGACACGCAUUAAAGCCAUGCGUCGUCUUCGUACUGUAGCACAAGCUCUGGGUCCCGAACGUACUCGCUCGGAUCUGUUGCCGUUCCUUCGUGAAGCUACAGAAGAUGAAGAUGAAGUGCUUGUGGCACUAGCCGAGGAGCUUGGCGGUUUUGUAGAUCUUGUAGGUGGUGCUGAACACGCGUCAGCUCUUGUGGAACCUCUCGAAGUCCUCGCGGGUGUAGAGGAGACCGUUGUGCGAGACCGCGCCGUUGAGUCGCUGCAGAAGACGGUGGCUGUGGUCCCCAACGUGGGCGAUGUGAUGGUGCCCCUGGCCAAGCGUCUAGCUGAAGGAGACUGGUUUACGUCCCGCGUGUCUGUGUGCUCGCUCUUUGCGUCAAUUUACAGCAAGAUGACGGAUGCUGGACGCAAGAAAGAGCUCCGAGACUUUUAUCAGAUGAUGUGCAAUGAUGAUACUCCCAUGGUGCGUCGUGCUGCUGCUGCGAACAUUGGCAAGUUUGCGGAAGCGAUGGAGAAGGAACAUAUUGCCAACAUGAUCUUGCCACUUUUUCGGGCACUUACGGCGGACGACCAGGACAGCGUGCGUCUACUGGCUAUUGAGAACUCGGCGGCCAUUGCUGAGCUACUUUCGGAGGACGACAACUCGAUGAACGUGCUUCCUAUUGUGCGCUCUUCUGUAGAGGACCGCUCUUGGCGUGUGCGAUUUAGCAUUGCAAAAAACUUUUUCCCUCUCUCGCGUGCCAUGGGAACGCAGAUUACGGAGUCGGAGCUGCUUGGUUGCUUCAUCAAUCUUCUUCAGGAUGCAGAGGCCGAAGUGCGCACUGCCGCCGCGAAGAACUUGUCGGGCUACAUCUCCAUUAUCAAGAGUGAGCUUUUUACAAGCGAGAUCCUUCCGCUGCUGUCGGCGUUGUCCCAGGACACGGCGCCCAAUGUUCGCACUGCUGUUUCCAUCGCAUGCAUGGAACUUGUACCCAAGCUGGGCGAGGUCACAUCCAAGUCGACACUGGCUCCUCUACUGCUACUUUUUUUGCGCGAUGAGGUCGUGGAUGUGCGGCUAAACAUUCUGAAACGUAUGGAACUUCUAGCUCAGUGGAUGGCUUCCUUCGAAUCAAUGCUUCUGCCGGCCAUCGCUGACCUGGCGCGUGACCUGCAGUGGCGUGUGCGUGAGGCUGUGAUCUUAUCUAUCCCUGCUCUUGCCGGCAGUCUGGGUGCUCAAUAUUUCCAGGAGCAUCUGCUGGAGAUUUGUGUUAGCGCCUUCACGGACAUGGUAGGCGAAGUUCGCUUGAGUGCAACGAAGGUCCUGCCGCAGCUACUAGAGUCUCUGGGUAGCGACUACAUCCUUGAGAACAUUAUGCCGCGCCUGAAUCAGAUCUUCGACAAGUCCGUGAUCUACCAGGAGCGCGUCAACGUGCUACAUGCGCUGAAGCAGAUGGCCGUGGAAAAGGUGGCAAGUGACUUGCUAACCGCCAUGACGACACUGGCCAUCCGCGGCGCAAACGACAAAAUCCCUAACGUUAGGUUCGUGGCCUCCAUGACUUUAGAGCAGUUGUGUAAACUUGCAGAUGCUUCCGUGGUCGUGGCUCAAGUCAGACCUUGCCUGACGGAGCUAGUGAACGACGCCGACAUGGACGUCAAGUAUUACUCGAGUAUCGCGCUGGAUGCGGUCCAGGGCUAG